GACAAACAUAUGAUCUAAGAUCUAAAACAUACGAACCGGUAAAUAGCCAUAAAGCCCAGUUAAACAGCAAAACCAAUUUAACUGAGUGGUCCCAGAUCUUUGUAAAAUGUUUUCGUAACACUUCAACCCCGAUAAAACCAAAUAUAUAUCAGCUUAUAUAAACUUGCCUUAACGAUCGAAAAUAGAGUGGACAUUGAGGGAGUAUCAGUAACUUGAGCCCAAUUUGAAUUUCAAAACCAGGCGGUUUGUUCAGUCCAGGUUUGUCAGUAUGGAGCAUGAAAUGGAAGAAUUAAUCACUCAAGGAAGGAGAGAUUUAGUUUGUGGUGAUAUUCACAAGGCAGUAGAUAGUUUUCAAAAAGCCUGUGAAGCUCUGUGAGUCUUGAUGAUGUUAAAUAAUCAUUAGGUCGAAAAUACAUGGUGACUUUCAUGAAGCUCUUGCUAUUCCUAACCUACUGUAUGGUACUGCACUUCUAGAAUUAUCACGAAUCGAGAGUUCAGUUAUUGGAAAUGCAUUAGAUGGAAUACCGGACGAAGAUAAAGAUGACUCUGAAUCGGACGAUGGCAUCAUUGAACCUGGGCCUGAAUUAUCAACUGAAGAAAAGGAAGACAUAUCCAAUCAAGUCAUAGACGCUAUGUGUGAAGAAAAAAAUCCGGAGAACGGUGAACAUAAAGAGUCUAGUUCAACUAACGAAGAUAUUGAGACUGUUAGUAAUAACGAUGCUGCUACUGAGAAUACGACGGAUGAUACCGUUAAAGAAGCUAAAGAUGAUGAAUCUAAUGAAUCUGACGAAGGUGAACCUGAGAACCAAGAUGAUGUUUCGGAUAAUCCUACAGACACGGAGGCCGCCAAAUCUAAUGAUAAUGAUGAUGAAGAUGAUGAUGUGUCUAGUCUUCAAAUCGCCUGGGAGGUUAUUGAAGUAGCCAAGAAACUGUUUUCACAAAAGGAGGACGACGCAAGUAAACUUAAUGUUGCCGAAUGCCUGGAAAAACUUGGUGAGAUUAGUCGUGAAAAAGAAGAUUAUGACCAGGCAGUUAUGGAUCUAAAGGAGUGCUUAGAAAUCCGUAAUACCAUUUUGGGUCAAAAAGAUCGUCGUGUUGCUGAAAGCCACUACCAGCUAGGAACAACGUAUGCCGUUUCUGGUGACCUAGAAAACGCAAGUAGCUCUUUCAAAGCUUCAGUCGAGUGUCUCAAGUUGCUGGCUGAAGAUCUCAAGUCUAAAAUUGAAGCUGAUGACCAAAAAGAAGAAGAAAAAGAACUUCUCCGAAUUAGUCUCAAAGAAAUAGAGCUUUUAAUACCAGACGUCCAGAGUCGUUGUGCAGAUAUUGAAGAAGACAGGUUGACUGAAGGCAUCAAGAAGACAGAUCAUCCUAUGAAAUCGUGCUCCAAUGGCGCUAGUGUUCCAACUGAUGACAUAUCACACUUAGUGAGGAAAAAACGACCAGUUUCUGGCACAGCACCCGUAGAGAAUAUUAAUCCUGAAUUAAAUGGUCAUGAAAAUCCGACCUCCAAGAAGGUUAAGCUUAUGAAUGCGAAUGGCGAAACCACGCCUGUUGAGAACGGUGUUUAGUUAGCUGAUGUAUUUAGAACCGAUUCCAAAGAAAUGCAUUUAAUUUUUAUAGAUUUUGUCAAGAAGUUUUGUUACAUAUGAUUUAUUUACAGAUUACUUAUUACGAAAAUGAAAUUCUUGUGUUUCCUUCAAUGUGUUAUCGUUUUUUAGGAUUGAACAACAUUGUUAAUGUUUUUGAUAUUCCAAGCCGCUAUAACCAAUUAAAAUUUAC